AUGGCUAUGGUAUACAGGAAUUCAAUACCAAAUGUCACAUCCAGGCUGGUUUCAACCCGACGAAUCCGGCGGCGGACCAUCACCUUGUCCAAUGGGGUCCACAGUCAAGCAGCCUCGACAAGUGCACAGAGGGAGAAUCACCCCGUGCCAGAGUUUGUACCGCCUGGGAUCGGACUUGCUACACCACGAGAGGUAAAGGAAUACCGUUUACUCGUACAAUAUCUCAACCAAUUCAUUGUCGGACAAGAAACCGCCAAGAAGGUGCUCUCCGUUGCUGUCUACAACCACUACAAUCGCGUACGAGCAAACUUGGAAUUGGCCAUGUCCAACGAGGACCGACUGCGAACGGACCCGGAGAUCGAGGAUGCCCCUGACGCACAUGACGGGGUCUCUUCAGCGACAAUCAGGCCAAUACGAAACGUCGCCAAAACACCACCACCACUCUCGCUACGUCCCCGACAACUCCCGCUAUUCGAGAAGAGCAACGUCCUCGUCAUCGGUCCAACAGGUUCAGGCCUAAUGGACGAGUCAACGUUGGCAGGCAAGACACUACUCGCUAAGACCCUCGCAAGGGUCCUAGACGUCCCCUUUUCAGCCAGCGAUGCCACAUCAUUUACCCAGGCCGGAUAUGUCGGAGAGGAUGUCGAGAUGGCUAUCCAACGACUACUUCAAGCAGCCAACUGGGACCCAAUCCGAGCCAGUAUGGGCAUAGUCUAUAUAGACGAAGUCGACAAAAUCGCACGACGCACAAGUUCAGGCUCCGAGGGUUCACGAGAUGUAGGCGGCGAAGGUGUCCAGCAAGCCCUCCUACGAAUGUUGGAAGGUUCAGUGGUCACAGUACAAGCUAAAGGCGCGGUGCACGCCGAACCCCCAGGGAAAGGUGAGGGGAUUGGGAGGACGGGUCAAAGGGCUCCUCAGGUUGCUCCACAACCGGAGGUAUACCACAUCGACACGAGCAACGUCCUUUUCAUCCUAAGCGGAGCGUUCGUGGGACUGGAAGGAAUCAUCAAACAAAGAGUGGCCAAAGGGUCAAUUGGUUUCACAGCCAACAUCCUUCCUGACUCUGCAACGCCAUUCUUCACUCCGAACAGAAAGUCCGGGAAAGACAGUCUGCUAGAGAUGGUCGAGACACAGGAUCUCGUGAAAUACGGCUUCAUCCCAGAAUUCAUAGGUCGCCUCCCCUCCAUAACAACUCUGUCCCCACUCACAAUCCCCGACCUCCGACGAAUCCUAACCGAGGUCAAAGGUUCCCUAAUGUCCCAAUACCAAGCCCUCUUCGGCUACUCGGGCGUUGAAAUCCGGUUUACGAGUAGCGCGCUUGACGAGAUUUGUAGGAAGGCUGCUGAGAGGGGUGGAGGUGCGAGGGGGCUGCGAGGGAUCAUGGCGAUCCGUCACGUCUUGAUUACAGAAGAUGUUGUCAAAGGAAAGGCUUCCCCUGGUUACUGGAAAGAGGGUGGUGGUGUCGCCUUCUGGGAAGCCUGGGCGUCUGAAGAGCACCGAUAUAGCAAGACGCACGGGAAAGCUUAA